AUGCCGGCUCCAACUGUCACAUACGGUUUUAUUGGCCUUGGCCAGAUGGGCCAUGGAAUGGCCAAAAACCUUCGCCAGAAAGUCCCGGAGACAUCAGCCCUCUGGGUUUUUGACAUCAACAAAGAGAUCAUGCAACGCUUCGUCGAGGAACAUGGACAAGCAGGCAAUGUCAAGACGGCGUCGUCGCCUAGAGAAGUCGCUGAAGUCGCUGAUAUUGUCCUGACCUCCGUCCCACAAGCACGACAUGUUGUGGAAGUCUUCCUCAAUCCAAAUACUGGUCUAUUGUCGGUGGAUCCGGCGAAAAAGCGGAAGAUUCUGUUUUUAGAGUUAAGCACAAUCGAUGCUCAGGUGUCGUCUGAGAUUGCAGAAAAGGUAGCCGCGGCUGGUCAUGGAGCCUUUGUCGAUGCUCCUUGUUCGGGAGGAGCAAUGGGUGCUGAAAGUGGAACACUCUCAUUUAUGAUCGGAUCCCCUAAUGAACUUUAUCCCCGUGUCUUGGAUAUCUGCAAGCUGCUAGGCAAAGAAAGCGGCAUCUUCCAUUGCGGCGAUCUAGGUAGCGGUCUCAAGACCAAACUACUAAACAAUUAUCUAUCAUCCCUAACAGCGCUUGCAACAGCCGAGACUAUCAAUAUCGGCAUCAAGGGCGGGUUGGACGCACAUCUAUUAAACAAAGUGCUUAAUGCCAGUUCCGGAAUGAACUUCAACUCGAUCACCAAUAACCCCGUCCCCAGUCUGACGCCCGGAAAUGCGGCAAGCAAGGGCUACAUUGGCGGCUUUUCUCUCGAGUUGUGUCUUUCUGUGUUGGAAUUGGGGUACAAGGCUGCGCAAGAUCUGGGUGCAAAGACGGUGCUGGGAACGCCUAUGCUAGAUGCAUUCCGUGAUGCGGCAAAGAAUCCCGACUUUCAAGGAAAAGAUUCAAAAAUCAUCUACAAGUGGCUGGGUGGGAUUGACCCAUGA